AUGAAACAUCAUAUCGUAUAUGUCACUACAUCGGUUAUGCUUAUUUUAAUUUUAACAGAAAAAGAGAAACAAAGGCAAAGAUAUCCCAAAUUUAAUGCACUUUACGACGAUUAUACUAAAAAACACAACCGAGAAGUUGCAAAAUUAUUGAACAAAACUACUAAAGAUAAUUCAACAAAGCUUCCAAAAGUCAUUGUUAUGAAGCUUUGGAUGACUUCAGGAUUCGGGAAUAAAUUACCCGUAAUAGCGUGUGGUUUUUUUUAUUCGUUAAUCACCGAUAGGUUAUUUUUUAUUGAUGGGUUUUAUAAUUUUGAUGAUUAUUUCGAGAAAGAUUUUGACCAUGACUGGAAAAACGUUGCAGGCUUAUAUAAAAAUAGUAAAUCCAGAUAUUUGCAUGAUGCUUGGGCUAAUGAUUUUCAAAUAAUAACUAGAGGAAAUCUUACUAAUGAGGAAAUAAGUAAACAUGACAUUGUAUAUGUGCACUCAUGGGAUUAUGUGUGUGCUCCGUUAAUUUCGAAUCCUAACUACAAAGAAUGGAUUAGUAGUAUAAUUCCGGAUAAUAAAGUAUACAGUGCAAUUAGUCAAAGGUUACUAAGGAUACAACCAAAUAUUACCGAAAAAGUGGCAAAUUUUGUUAACAAUAAUUUCGGAGAAUAUAAUAUAGGAAUUCAUUUACGAAUGAUAAAGAAUAUUCAUAUUGGCCACACUAUAACGCCUACUGAACAUUUUUGCCAUGCAGCAAAAAUGCUGAUGGUUGGAACAGAAAGAAAGAAUGUAACCAUCUUUGUAGCUGCAGACGAUAAUAAAAAUCGGGAUAUUUUAAUAAAUUGUCUUAAUAGCACAAUUGCCUCAAAGAACGAUUCGGUUAAGAUUAUUCACGCGGGAAAUGAUAUGAACGUAGGCAAUUCCGUUACUGAAAAUCCUGGUACAGAAGUAGGAGCUAUUGUCGAUUUGAGCAUCCUUAGUUAUUGUGAUGAUUUAGUGGUAACAUUUGGGUCGUCGUUUAGUUUUUUGGCAUCUGCAAUGUCUUAUAAAUCAUUGCCUCUAUGGGGUCCGUAUGUAGUAAUGCCUGUCAAAAACAACAAUGAUGAUUUUGUUAUUGAUAAAAUAUGGCUAUGGAAAGCUACAUUUAACGAACCUUGUAUGUACUUUGGUAAACUAUUUUUAAAGGAAUCUGAUCCUGAAACUAUCAAAGUUUUCAAGACAAAUCCAUUUUGGAUGUAUUAUGUUGAAGAAUGUACCUAG